AAUCCAAUUAAAAAGUCAUAGACAAUCAACUUGAGUGUAGAAGAGCAAAUCCGGAUAAGGAUGAUGGUUGAUAUGUUGCCACAUCUCAUACUUCACAGGCCGUGAUUGGCCCCAGUUGCCUGUCGUGAUGGGAACUUGUCGAUCUUUCAUCGGCUUUCUCUAAGUGCUCUCCUGAAUACUCCUACUAUUACAGUAACCUCCCAAUUCGCCUCCAUUUAAACUACAGUCGUUCAAGCGACCUGUACAAGCAAAUUGAUUCAACCUUAGCCACUCUCUAAACCAAUUCCCACCAUGCAUUUCUCCACCACCCUUGCCCUGACCUGCCUGGCCUCCGUCGCCAUGGCCCUGGACAAGCCGCUCGACAUCAAGAUCACCAACGCCGGCGAAUGCACCCGCAAGACCGUCGCCGGCGAUAAGAUCCAGGUCCACUAUCGCGGAAGCCUCGAGGACGGCACCGAGUUCGACGCGAGCUACAAUCGCGGGCAACCGCUGGGCUUCGCCGUCGGGACAGGCCAGGUCAUCAAGGGGUGGGACCAAGGAUUGUUCGAUAUGUGCCCCGGCGACAAGCGGACGCUGACGGUCCAGCCGGAAUGGGCUUAUGGCGACAGAGAUUUGGGUGUCAUUCCUCCGAAUAGCGUUUUGAUCUUCGAAACGGAAUUGGUCGAAAUUGAGGGCGUCGAGAAGGAGACGGUUGAGAAGGUCGAGGAGAAGGAGGAGAAGGAAGAGUUGUAAUUGAACAGCCCUCGGAUCUAUUGAAAGUACCUGUACAGCGAGCAACAUGAAUCGUCACUGUGCUGCUCCUUUAUAGCAGAACAUUCGAGCUUCCGGCCCACAUACACAAGCACAUUCCUCGGGACCCGCUGCUCUCUACACCAACUUUUGAAGUCAGAUGCGAACCAUUGCCGUGAUCGGACUUUAUUAAAACAGUACGAGAUCCAAUUCAAUUCCCCAGCAUGUCCAAGACGCCGACCCUUCCACGGACACCUCCCGCGAACCAGACUUUACGAGCAGGCACUCGACUAAUCUUGAUUCUGCGCAUACUUCUCCAAGUUCCCCACCGCGUUGUCCAAUUCACGUAUCCGCUGGCCUAUCCGCCGUUUGAUCUCCUCACCUAGUUCCGUAUCCGGCCC